AUGACACAACCUGCAAGCGAUGACAUGUAUUCGCUCACGGUUGGAGCGGACGCCCAGGACGGUAGUCCUCUGUUUACAAAGUUGCCAGCUGAGACUCGUGUUGAGAUCUUUUCAUUGGCUUUGAAAGCCGAAGUCGAUACGUCGAAGCCAUACAGACCCGACCGGUUCUUCUACAGGCCAGGGUAUCACUAUCAUACGAAGAUCAACCAGGCUUUGCUACUAACUUGUAAGCGCAUUUAUGAAGAGGCUCGUCUUCUGCCCAUCGCCGUCAAUGAGCAUGUCUUCUGGCUAUUCAAUGGUCCUGGGGCAUCAGUUGGUCGGCGAGAGAGACAUCCUGUGCGAUGGGACGAGUACUUUCACAAAAUGAACACCGACCAAAGGCAAGCUGUCCAGACGGUCCAUAUCUUCGCGCAGCAGAUGUACCUCGAGAGCCUGACAAAUAUCUUCGGUUGUCAUGCGUUCAACUUCAAAACUACAUGCUUGCACCUCACCAUCCGCCAUUUUGAUUGGUGGUCUUGGGAGAGCCCCCCAAUGAGCAAUGACCGGCUUGGGAUUUGUCCCUGGAGAGAGUCGAGAACCUCGUGUCAACAGAUGCUGGCUGAGCCACCAGAUCCCGGUGUGGACUAUAUCACACCGCGAAUCAGUACUUUGUCGACUUGGGGAGGUCAGGUAUGCCAGAUCAAAGGGCUCAGAGAACUCAAGAUCGAAUUCGAGAUUGCCAUUGUGAAGAAGCCACAGCUUCAGGCGGUAAUUGAGCGAGCCAAAACCUGGAAAUUCCCCCUUGUCGAAGAAGAUGUUGUACUCAUGUGGAUGGGCACAGUCGAAGAAUCCACCUGGGAGGGACUGCAGACUGUCAAGGCAGACUUCAUGCCACUCAGAGAGAGGCCCAUUACAGACGAUCUUCCGAAGCGGAAGUACUACGUAGUAACAAUGACUUGGGUCGCCGUUCCAUCUUCUAGAAUCGGAUACUUCAGAACGGUAUGA